GGGGGGAAGGGAGGCGGGAUCCCGUGACAGCCGGACGCAGCCUCUCCUCCGGGGCCGGUGCUGACCCGGAGCGACGCCAUUCCCCGAGCCAUGCAGCACAGCCCGGCGCCCGCUGUGCUGGUGACCACCAGGCAAAUUCAGAAUACACACACGGGGCUGGAUUUGUCAGUGCCAGAGUACCAGGAAAUCCGUGGGAAGAUGAUGUCUGGCCAUGUAGAGUAUCACAUUGUUGUUGUUACCCGACUGGCUGCCUUCAAAUCAGCAAAGCACAAGCCUGAAGAUGUAGUACAAUUUAUGGUUUCCAAGAAGUACAGUGAGAUAGAGGAGCUCUACCAGAGAUUGGCAGCACGAUAUCCACAGACUCCUCUUCCACUCUUGCCUAGAAAAGUUCUCUUUGUAGGAGAAUCUGACAUUUGUGAACGAAGAGCUAUGUUCAAUGAUAUCAUGAAGUUCAUCUCUAAGGAUGUGGAUCUAGCAACGAGUCCUGAGUUACUGGAAUUUUUAGGAAAAAAAUCCACUAGUGCCAUUGACUUCAAGGGUAAAAACAUUCCUGAUGGCAAGGAGAAAGAAGAUGAAGAAAACGAGGCACUGGAUUUUUUCAAAGAGGAGGAAACACCUGACUUAAUCUCACAGCUUUCAUCAGUGAAAAAUGCCAGAAAAGGGGAGAGAAAGGAAGAGGAAGAGGAGGAAGAUGAGGAAGAAGACUUAGACCCUCUUGGUAUAAUCAGAACUAAAAAACCAAGCAAGGCAUCUGCAACCAAGGAAGAGAAGCCAAAAUUAAGCAUUUUUGAAAAGGAACUAGAUCCAGAUGAAGGACUCUUUGGCCCAGAAAAAGAUUUCUCAUCAAUUGGUCCCAGGAAGAAGAUGAAAGAGAAUCUGAAAUUAUUUGAAGAUCCAGACCUUGGUGGGGCAGUCAGGCUGGGUGAUUCACUGCUGCUGCCAGAUGCCUGUAAGAACAGAGAGCAUGUGCUGAACACAGGUCCUGAGGAGGACACUGAGGAACUGCUGAGAGUUGAAGAUGAUUUUGAGAAAUUCUUGAAAGUAACCUCCAAACCAAAACCUAAGGUACCAUCAAAACCACCACUGCCUCAGAAGCCGGCAGUUGCCCCCAGGAGCAGCAUUUCAUCUCCACUGGCAAAGCCAACAGAAACCAGGAUUCAGGCAAUGAAUGAAGUGGACAUUCUCCGGUAUAUCCAGGAAAAUGAAUCUCUUGACAACCAAGAUACAAGUCUUUUUUGAACUUACAGAUUUUUCAAAUGUAAUGAUGCUUUCUUGGCCCAAACUCCUGGUGAGUUCAAGUGAUAGCAGCAAGGACUGGCAGAUGUCAUUGCUGUCGUGGUGCUCAUUUGUGUACCAUGUUACACAAAUCUUGGAGAGAAAAAACAGUAAGUUUGAGUAGCAAAGACUUGACAUAAUUUCAUGGUUUCAGCUGGGGUAUAAUGUUGCCUUAGAUUUUCAGGGUUUUACAGGGAGUGUGGAGAAAGGCAUAGCACUACAAACUGUGCACUACUAUUCUAGUAUCAGUGCAGUAGAGUUCUGGCUAGUGUAGUCCUGAUUGAAUAUGGUAAGUACAUUGCACACAUGGCAACUGUGACCAGUGUCUGGCAACAAGUCUUAAGACAGGGAACUGUUCCUGUCAUUUCAGACAGUGUGUUUCAGCUACCUGGAAAGGUCAUUUUCCUUUCAUCCUAUGCAUUUUUGUAGCAGCCCUUUCCUCCCUGGUAUCUUGUAACCAGGAACUGUUAAGUCUAGGUAAUGGUUCCUCAGUAGUUCAGAGAAACACUGAAAUCCCAGCUAAGCCUGAAAAUCUACUGCCUUUGUAGAUGUGCCAAUGCCAAUUUGUAGGACAGUAAACAUUAGAGCUAUGCAUUGCUAGCCCCUGGGGAGAGCAGCAAAUUGAAGCAAACUGAAGAUUGUUGGCAGUGCAGCUCCCAAAAUAUGCAGAGGUUGCAGUGUGUAGGAGGUUGGGAUGCUGCAGGACUCCUGCAAACCAAGAUUCACAAAGACUAAUUUUUUCUACCCAGGUCUUCCUGGGCUUCCCCUGUAGUUAGUGAAAAGAAAGAAAUCUCUGGGUGUGAUUCCAUGCAGGUGUCCUAAUGGAGGAACUUGGCUCUCUGGAGUCACUCUCUUUCUCCUCUUCUACCAGAACUUAAAGCAGCAGCAGCAGCAGCAAUGCUGGUUAAUUCCACUGAGUUAAAAUGAGUCUUUUUGUAAAAGAGUAGUGUGUGUAUUACUAUGGCAAUGGUUAAAACAAGAGAGGACAAACUUGGGAUCAUCCAGAGGAAAAACCAGGAAAAUACUGGAGAAAGUUUAAUAUGCAGAGAAAUUAAAAUAUGGUAGAACAGGCAUCCCAGCCUACCCUUCUUCUAUCCUGAACUCAUUCUUCCUGUAUUCUAUGCAAAUGUGAAGACAAGCUCCCCAGAGGGAAAAUAUUAAUAUAUUUAAGCCAUAUCUCAAAUUUGCUUUUCUAGUAUAGAAAAAAUAUAGAAAACAUUAUAUAUAUAUUUUAAUAAUGAAAUUGUCUUUAUUUGUAUUUCCUUUUUAAGCCAAUGGAAAAAUAUUACAGAGGUGUUUUGGGCUGAUGGGACAGAUAAAUCCUAGCAAUUGGCUCUCAUCUAUAUAUACAGUAUGUUUCAAGAUAAUAAAUACUUUACUAACCUG